AGAGAUAAAAAUCAAAUAUUAAUAAAAUUCAUAUAUUAUGAUCUCAACAUCACUGUUUAUUUAAUACGUGAAUAAUUGAGCUGAUUGUUAAUCAAAGAAUAGAAUGCCACCACCCUUUCACCAUAGCCAUCACCAUCACCAUCAUGGUGAGAAGAAAGCCAUUAUUGGAGGACUAGUUGGUGGAAUUGCAGGUGGCUUAGCAGCAGGCGUCGCUAGUGGAAUAGUCCAUUCAAUGGUGGAUGACCGUAGAAAAAAUGAGGUGCACCAUCACCAUUAUUCCCCAUCUCCUCCGCCACCAAAAGAGGUACAGCCACCGCCAUACUGCGCUUCUCAAUCAUCCCAUAUGCAAUCUGCUCCACCACCACCAUACUCGCCCGCUCCAACAGUUACCACGGUUCACUAUGUGCCAGUAGCUCCUCCGCCUGGACCAGUUUAUCAUCCAAUUUAUCCAUCAGUACCGCAAGGCUACCCAGCUUGCCAUCACUAUGCUUUUACGCAUGGGUGCUUGCAUUGUAAGGGAUGGACAUGGUCCGCACAUCCACCAAUACCUCGACAUGGAAUACCACCCUGUCAACAUUGCGUCUACACCAGUGGUUGCGAACAUUGCGAAGGUUGGAAAUGGACAGCUUAAUGGAUAAUGGCCUUUACUACAUUAAAAAAUAUUCUAUGUCAUAUAAUUAUUUUUGUUUAUUCAAUUACAAGUAAUAUCUCAAAAAAAAAACUUUAAAUAAACCAUAUUGUGCAAUUAAAAAA